GGUCGCCUAUCGUUAUCGCUUAAGAACAAACAAAAAACAAAAACAAAAACGACGCCGCCACAGUUUAAAAAGUAAACAAUUAAAAGAAAAGCUAAUCUGUAGGAAAUGCUGGUGUCCGGGGGCAAGGUGCAGAAGCAGGUCACCUAUCCCAGCAAAGAUGUGGGCCCCGUGGCCAAGGAAUAUAAUUUACUAUGCGCUGAAGAAGAGUACCGCAAUGGCAAUGUGGAGCACUCAAUUUACUACCAGGUCAGAGCCCAGUUCCAGUCCACGGAUCUGCGAUACAUCACCGAGGCGGAGGAUCUGGAGAAGCAGCGUCCUACAACGGCGCAACUGCUCAAAGUGGCCUCCCAACAGGAGAAGAAAGACUUUAAAAGCAACAAAUUCCUGCAAAACACCAUCAAGUACCUGCAGAAAAAGGAGCUUGAAAACCCACCACAAAAGUUGGCUAAAUAUAACCUCGAACAUCUGGACUUCCUAGAGGAUGUAGAACAACCCGCGGAAGGUCUCAGGCGCAUCAGAAACAUUUGCCAACGCCUGCCCGACGAGUGGUGUGUCCUGCAGCUCUGCAAGAGCUUCAAACCCGCCACCACCUACUCUGUUUUCAAUGAGAUUCAGCCCAGCGCUGGAGCUAUAUAUCUCUCGCUGCUCCGCCACUGUCGCAGCCCCCAGUUGGGACCCAUUUGUCUGCGUUUUGCGGGUGGCAAUUUGCCCAAACUCUUUCGGCAGUACAGCACGGUAGUGAACAGAUUCCGGCGAGUGGUCACUGUUGAUCCUCAGAAUAUGAAGGGCAAGGAGGCCAAGCAGAAGUACUGGGAGGAGCUCGAUGCCUUUUCUGUGUUUUUAACACAACUUGUUUCUGACCUAAGGGACACCUUCGCCCCCUAUAGGUUCAUGUUCUUUGGCAAACGCUACGACUGCAGUGCUGUGCACAGGCAAACCAAGAUCAUUAACCAUCUGGUGGAUGACUUUUGCCUGGCCAACAAAUGGACCAACCACCAGCGUGUUAUAUUAUCCCAGGCGGCUCUGCAUGCCAAUCGGCUGGAUGCCGCUGAACUCAAGCUCAUUUGCCAUGAGAUAUGCCCUCGCCACAAGAACACCCAGGCGGUGUAUGAUAUGCUCAAGGGUUUCGCCAACGACUGGAAGCAGCUGGAGGAGCGCCAGAAGCUGGUGGCCAAGAGAUAUCCCACGAUACUUGUGGUGGAUGAACGCCUGGACCAUUUUCAUUGGGAGCAACUGCUUACAGUCCAGGAGUUCAGCCGGGUCAAGUCGCUGCACUGCCUCUGGCGUUUGUUUCAGCAACACAAAGCCGAUAUCAAGCAUGGCUAUUAUACAACGACCAUACAGCAGGGCAUGUGCGUAAUUAAUCCAGAUGGAGAUCUGGCGAACUCUGGCCGCAGGCUGCGCAGUUUCUUCGAGUACUGGCUCUCGGAUUGGCAGCAUCUCUUCGAGACCGUGCCCACCGAGAAGGUGAUGGUGCAGCAGGCCUAUCAGACAGAUUGCUUUGUGUAUGCUGGCCAUGGCUCUGGCCUGCAGUAUGUGAAUGCCAGCCUGAUUUGCCGGGCUAGGGUACGCAGUGUGGUGUUCCUAUUUGGCUGUGACUCAACCCGAAUGCUGGGCACGGGACUAUAUAGUGCUUUGUAUGGAGCUCAUGACUAUUACCAUGGGGCUUUGAGCCCCUCGGUAGUGGGCACUCUGAUGCCUGCGUUGGACGGAAAUAUGGAUACUAUUUCGGUGACCAUGCUGAGCCUUUGGCUUGCUCCUGGCAAUAAGCAAGUGAUACCCUGGACCCACAUUGAUCGUGCCACCUGGCUUAAAAAGGGAGUUAUUAAAGGCAAAGACCAGGAGAACACGCCCUUGAUGAGCCAACAAAACAAAUACCAUCUGGGCAGCCUGUGCUCCAUUCUCUCGCUGGUGCAGCAGGGCAAGGUGGAGCCGAGCAUCUACAACUCUUGCAUUUAUGUGUGCCGAGGCCUGCCUGCCUGGAAUUUGGCCGUGGAAAAGAUGCCUUUCUAGUUCAAUUCGUGUUGUUUUUGUUAGCAAAAAAGGAAAGCCAUGUACAAAAGUCUGUUUUAAUUGAACUAAUUCAUUCAAGUGGAAAGUAAGGUGCAUGUAAAAGUAUUUAUAACACUCAGAAUCGUAGGAAUAAACCAAUACACUGAAAAAAUAUAUUAUAUGUUAAGAAAUAAUUA